AUGUCCCUCCCUGCAGUGGCUGUCUCUGCACCGGGCAAGGUCCUCUUCGCCGGCGGAUUCCUGGUCCUGGACCGCCACCACACGGGCCUCGUGUUUGGUCUCAAUGCGCGGAUCCACGUGGUCGUGCAGCCAUGGCGGGACGGGGAUCGUGUGUCUGUCCCUGUGUCUGGGGCUGACACGCCGAACGGACCACAUGUCCUGGUCCAGUCGCCGCAGUUCGUUGAUGCCAGGUGGCUGUACCGACUCGACUGCGCGGACGGGACGGUCAAGGUCGAGCAAGUCCGGGAUCGCGAGGGGUCCGGGUUCACCGCCAGUCCGAACAGGUUCGUCGAGACGACGCUGAGAUACGGGCUCACAUAUCUCUCGCAUGUUGCUGGGCUGGAGCAACUCUCAAAGAGUGUCAAAGUGACGAUAUUGGCCGACGAUGAUUACUAUUCACAACCACAGUCACAGUCCCAGUCUUCCGAGUCGGUCUCAGCCAAGUCGGCGAGGUUUACAAGCUUUGGGGUCAAGUUGAGCGAAGCACACAAGACUGGAUUGGGAUCUUCAGCGGCAUUGGUCACGGCGUUCGUUUCUGCACUUCUCUCGUUCUACUUAAAACAUGAUUCUGCGAGCGGACAACCUCAGCUGAAUCACCACACUAUCCACAAUCUGGCCCAGGCGGCACACUGCGCAGCUCAAGGGAAAGUUGGCUCAGGCUUCGACGUUGCGGCCGCGGUUUACGGACCUUGCCUCUAUCGGAGGUUCACGCCUUCGAUUCUAGAGAAUGUGGGCGAACCCACAGGUGCAGGUUUCGGCGAGAGGCUACAUCGCUGCGUGGACGACUUGAACUUGGACGCAAAAUGGGACGCCGAGAUUGCGAGUCGUGCCGUGCAGAUUCCAGAGAACCUCUCCCUCGUCAUGUGUGACGUGGAUUGUGGAUCGGAGACACCGGGCAUGGUCAAGAAGAUCUUGCAGUGGCGCAAAGAGAACCUCGACGAGGCAACGCUACUGUGGAAUGCGAUACAGCAAGGUCAAGAGGAACUGUGUCAAGAACUAAGGCGGCUGGUCGAGGUCCAAGGGAUUGAGGAUGGGUUUACAGCACUGGGAGACAUUAUUCUCACCAUUCGAAGCUUCGUGAGGGAGAUGUCGAUCAAGUCCGGAGUGCCGGUAGAGCCCCCAGUGAUCACAGAGCUAUUGGAUUUCUGCACGAGCCUCCCCGGAGUGGUGGGAGGAGUUGCACCAGGCGCAGGCGGGUAUGAUGCCGUCUCCCUGAUGGUGAAGAACGAUGGCGAAACCGUCAAGACACUGCAAGCCAAACUGGAAGGAUGGAAGAGUCAGGAUGCGAGUGGAGCGACGAUCGGACAUGUCAGGUUAUUGACCGUCAAGCAGGACAAUGAAGGCGUCCGAGUCGAGGACCCCGGACAAUAUGAGGCGUGGUUAUAG